GUAAUGACUAUCUGACAAUAGCAACAACACGUCCAGAAACUUUAUUUGGUGAUGUAGCUAUUGCAGUGCAUCCAAAGGAUGAUCGAUAUUCCAAGUAUAUAGGUAUGAUGGCGAUUGUGCCUAUGACAUAUGGCCGCCAUGUCCCUAUCAUCUCUGACAGGCAAGUUGAUAAAGACUUUGGAACUGGUGUGCUGAAGAUAAGCCCUGGACAUGAUCAUAAUGAUUAUCUUCUAGCAAGAAAGCUUGGUCUCCCAAUACUUAAUGUCAUGAACAAGGACGGGACACUUAACGAGGUUGCUGGAUUAUACUGUGGCCUUGAUCGGUUUGAGGCCCGGAAGAAGCUGUGGGCAGAUCUGGAGGAGACGGGCUUGGCUGUGAAAAAGCAACCGCACACUCUACGAGUUCCCAGAUCCCAACGUGGUGGAGAAAUAAUAGAGCCACUAGUUAGCAGGCAGUGGUUUGUUAGCAUGGAGCCCCUGGCGGAGAAAGCUCUUCUUGCAGUUGAAAAAAGAGAAUUAAGCAUUAUUCCUGAAAGAUUUGAGAAGAUCUACAAUCACUGGCUAUCAAAUAUUAAGGACUGGUGUAUAAGCAGACAACUCUGGUGGGGACACCGCAUACCUGUUUGGUACAUUGUGGGAAAGGAUUGUGAAGAAGAAUAUAUCGUUGCAAGGAGUGCUGAUGAAGCUCGUGAGAAAGCUUUUCAGAAGUAUGGAAAAGAUGCAGAAAUAUAUCAGGAUCCAGAUGUUCUUGACACAUGGUUUUCCAGUGCGCUAUGGCCUUUUAGUACCCUUGGAUGGCCAGACGAGUCAGCAGAGGAUUUUAAACGGUUUUAUCCAACAACAAUGCUUGAAACUGGGCAUGACAUAUUGUUUUUUUGGGUGGCGAGGAUGGUCAUGAUGGGAAUUGAGUUCACAGGGACUAUUCCAUUCUCAUACGUUUAUCUACAUGGACUCAUUCGAGACUCACAAGGGCGUAAAAUGUCAAAAACACUGGGUAAUGUUGUAGAUCCAAUUGAUACUAUCCAGGAAUUUGGUACUGAUGCUUUACGAUUCACACUUGCACUAGGAACUGCUGGUCAGGACCUUAAUUUAUCCACGGAGAGAUUGUCCUCCAACAAGGCCUUCACUAACAAACUGUGGAAUGCUGGCAAGUUUGUGUUACAGAAUUUGCCUAAUCGAGAUGACGCAUCUGCUUGGGAAACUGUACUGGCUUAUAAGUUUGACAGAGAGAAGUCUCUUGUUGAGCUACCAUUGCCAGAAUGUUGGGUGGUCUCAAAACUUCAUUUGCUUAUUGACAUGGCCACUGCAAGUUAUGACAAAUAUUUCUUCGGAGACGUUGGAAGAGAAACCUAUGAUUUCUUUUGGGGUGAUUUUGCUGAUUGGUAUAUUGAGGCCAGUAAAGCUCGCCUUUAUUCCUCCGAAGGUGAUUCUGUUGCAUCAGUGGCACAGGCAGUCCUGUUGUAUGUUUUUGAAAACAUACUAAAGUUGCUGCAUCCUUUCAUGCCUUUCGUUACUGAGGAACUAUGGCAGGCACUCCCCCAACGAAAAGAAGCUCUUAUGGUGUCUCCUUGGCCACAAACAUCACUUCCAAGGCAUGCCAACUCAAUAAAGAAGUUUGAAAAUUUACAAGCGUUGAUUAGAGCAGUUCGGAAUGCUCGAGCGGAAUAUUCUGUUGAUCCAGGGAAGCGUAUAUCUGCAUCUAUUGUUGCAAGUGAAGAAGUCAUACAAUAUGUAUCUAAGGAAAAAGAGGUUUUAGCGCUUUUAUCCCGGCUAGAUGUUCAUAAUGUUCAUUUUACAAACAUUCCUCCAGGUGAUGCAGAGCAAUCAGUCCACUUAGUAUCUGGUGAAGGACUCGAGGCAUAUCUCCCUCUUACUGACAUGAUCGAUAUAUCUACGGAAGUUGAACGUCUUUCUAAGCGUCUUUCCAAGAUGCAGACUGAAUAUGAUGGACUAAGAGCUCGCCUAAGUUCUCCCAAUUUUGUGGAGAAAGCUCCCAGUGAUGUUGUCCGUGGGGUUCAAGAAAAAGCAGCAGAAGCAGAAGAAAAGAUAAUUCUCACCAAAAAUCGUCUAGCUCUCCUCAAAUCAACCGUUCUAGUUACAGAAUAAGUUACACCUGUGAUUCUCGAUUCCGUCUCUGGAGCCCUAAUUCUCUCAUCAAUGGAUUUAUCUCAGUUGCUUGAACAAACUCUAGUUUCUAAGUUUUUCAAGCAUGAGUAUUACAUUGUCUUCGUCAAAAUAGAUUUAGUUCAGCGGCUACUUGCAACCACCCAAUGUCUAUGCAGCGGGUAGCAGGGAUGUGUAAACUUCCCAAAAUGCCAGAAAGCUUGCAUCAAUGGUAGCUUCUUUACUAUACAAGUUACAGAAGUAAAUUGAAUUGGCUGUUGUGAUGGAUGUCAAAUGUAUUCAUUCUUUUAGUGCCAAAGCUCCACAUUUUUGUUGUGUUGAUGUCUCACUGAUGCUUCCAGGCUGUCUGUCUGUCUGUCUGUCUAUGCCUGCCUCUCACCCUCCCUCCAUCGGGCUUCUUCUUCGUAGUCCACUGCCACCAGAGACCAGGAGCAUCAUCUGUUGUUUUCUCAAGAUUUGAACUCUGGAACUAUAUAUAUAUAUAUCGGAAGAGUGGUGCUAUUC